AUGGAAAGCAUUUCAGAUUUCAAAAAGUUGAUCUCGCUGUUUCCUCCACAUGACGCACAAAGGGACACCUACUCUGUGUUCGGUUCCAAAUUCGCUUCUAUUCUUUUUGAAAAUGUUGAUGGCAAUGCUGUCACUCCCCAAGCAAUAGAUGAACUAGCAAGGCUACAUCGAUCCAUCAUGAGGCUAAAGACGCGGGACAAAACCUCAUUCUCGACAAUUUGCCUUCGCCAACUCGACUCUUGCGCCCUUCAUCCAAUAGGUUAUGCGCUCGAGGACGAAGAUCCGGUACUCUCAGUGCAGUUCCUACUUCGAUAUCCUAUGCUGAAAUUUGGUGAUCUAACUAUUGAUAAUGCUCUAGUUCUUGGGGACGUUAAGGUGGAUCACGCGACGCGGGACAAAACCUCAUUCUCGACAAUUUGCCUUCGCCAACUCGACUCUUGCGCCCUUCAUCCAAUAGGUUAUGCGCUCGAGGACGAAGAUCCGGUACUCUCAGUGCAGUUCCUACUUCGAUAUCCUAUGCUGAAAUUUGGUGAUUUAACUAUUGAUAAUGCUCUAGUUCUUGGCGACGUUAAGGUGGAUCAUGCGAAAGAAGAUGACGAUGGUAAUGCUCCUGUAAUAUCAGCUAAGGCUAUACGUUUGUUUUAUCUAUUAGAGCCGACUAUGGAAGCGGAGAGAUGGAUUGAAGUAUUUUUGGAGCACAUGAUCGGAUAUCACACCAACUCUUCUCAUAUUUUCUACACUUCAUCCAAAAGUCUUGCCAGCGAAAUGGAACGGAAUGGGGUGGUAAGCAUUUUAUCAAAAUUCUAG